AUAAUUGAAAAUCCAUUUCUGUUCUGUCAGUGGCAGUCGGUCCUCUAAAACAUUCAAACCCAAGAAGAAUAUUCCUGAAGGCUCCCAUCAGUACGAGCUCUUGAAACAUGCAGAAGCAACCUUGGGAAGUGGUAACCUUAGACAAGCAGUUAUGUUGCCAGAAGGAGAGGACCUCAAUGAAUGGAUUGCAGUUAACACUGUGGAUUUCUUCAAUCAGAUCAAUAUGUUAUAUGGGACCAUCACAGAAUUCUGCACGGAAGCAAGCUGUCCAGUGAUGUCUGCUGGACCAAGGUAUGAAUACCACUGGGCAGAUGGUACCAAUAUAAAGAAACCAAUUAAAUGUUCAGCUCCGAAGUAUAUUGAUUAUUUGAUGACAUGGGUUCAGGACCAGCUGGAUGAUGAAACCCUCUUUCCUUCAAAGAUUGGUGUCCCUUUUCCUAAGAACUUCAUGUCUGUGGCAAAGACUAUAUUGAAGCGUCUGUUUAGGGUCUAUGCCCAUAUUUACCACCAGCACUUUGACUCUGUGAUGCAGCUCCAGGAGGAGGCCCAUCUCAACACCUCCUUUAAGCACUUUAUCUUCUUUGUACAGGAGUUCAACUUGAUUGACAGGCGUGAGUUGGCUCCUCUUCAGGAACUAAUUGAAAAGCUAGGAUCCAAAGACAGAUAAAUUUUCCCUGGAAGAAUUCUUUCUGCUUUCAAACAUGGUUCCUCUUUCUUGCUUCAUAUACAGCUGCAGCUAUUUCUUUACCACUUUGUCUUUAGUGGCACAAACCCUGAGUAACCAGGUACCACAGCUAGCGGGUCUAAAACAGAUGCUUUCCAGUCUAGCACAGUUACUGCCCUUCUUCCAUCUUAGUAGCUGGUGUGGGGGCUUCAUUGCAAAGAGGUACCAGGUCAAACUUCAUGUAAAAUCCAAGGUCUGCAAUUCAGCAAAAGUGUCUUCAGAGCAAAGUAGCUAUGAAUUCUAAGAGCUACUUUAUCAGAUCUUUUACUUGGAAAGGUGGGGUUCAUGAUUGCAUUAAUCCCUGCAAUGUCAUAAUUUUCUAACUGAACCAUAUUUUGUCAAUCUGUAUAAAUUGAAAAUUAUGCAAAAUUUCACCAAUGCAGAACUACAUCAUUAUAGUUUGCAUUAGCAGUUCCAGAAUUAACUUUCUGCUCUAGAAAUUGGAUGGAUAAGUACUUUGAGACCUCAACUCAGCUUGCAGUUUUGGGCGUAUGAGGUUUUGUGCACAACCCCCUAAAUUUGUAUGCAUGGAUAGGGGAGCUGUUUACCUAAUGUUCAAGUGCACCUUCAGGAGUUUGGAUGCAUAACAUUUACAGGACAUUUGUGGAAAAAUUUGGCCACAUAACACUUAAUUUUUCAAACACUUCCACAAAUGUGGCUGCUGUAAUUUAUCUGACAUGAAACAACAGAUGGUAAGAAUUCUGUAGAUACUAUAUUUGGCUAGAAAUUGUUUGCAAAACUGCAAAUGCAAAUAUUUUGGUUUGGGUUUUAUUCCAUCCAGCGUUUAGUUGCUCAACAAAGUUCCAUUUUAAAGCUCUGUUUGCUAGUAUAAAAAUUGUUGAAUACUUCUGAUAAGUGCAUUACGUUAUGAACUUCGAUAUUCCACUGUUUUCUAUGUAGGAAAUAGAACUAUUUUUGCAAAUUUUAUGAUGGAUGCAAUUUAUACUUAAAACACACCGCAUUUUUAUCUCAUAGAACUAGACUGUUAAUAGGUAUAGGUUGGUAUAUGUAGCUUCAGCAACCAAAGCAAUUUAAAAAACAAUCUGGUAUUCAGUUAUGACUUUGAAUUGCACACACACAUAUAUGUAUGUGUGCCCCCUGUGGAUUUUUGUUUGUGUACACCAUUUCAAAUUCAUAUGUAUCUGUGGUUUUUAAAAAAAGGAAAAAGGUAACUUAAUUCACUUAAACUCAUUGUGUGGCUUUCAAAACCUUUUUUUAAAAAUGCUGGAUCAAACAUAGGAGGAAAAACUACUGGUGUAUUCCUUAUGAGUGCUUUUAUUUUAUUUUUUUUAGAGUAGUUUGUUUUAAGUUUGUAUCUAGAUGCACUUUGAAUUUGCCUUAGAGCCUUAAGUAAAAUAGUAGACUAGCCAUGAAUUGCAUGGACAUGAGUUAUGAUCUAAAAGUGACUAAGAUAAAGCAAAAUAGAGCCCAUCUAAAAAAACCCAGAUGAAAAACUUAAGACUGGCACAAAAGCGUAAGUGUGGAAGCUUAAUUACAAGAGAAACAAUCUCCAUGUUCCCCACUGUGAACUGCGGAGUUUUCUUUUUUUAAAUAAGUGUCACCAUUAUCUAAUGGGAUUAGUACUGUAUUUUGACAAAUUAAAACAGUUGCGCCAGCACCAUCUGAUUGUGAAAAAUCUGAGCUGCAGAUACCUAGUUUCUUUGCUGGACUGUGAGACAUCAUGAGUAUCAUUAACGGUGUUUUGCUUAAAAAAACAUUCCAUUCUAAAGGCCUGAUCCUGAGUUGUUUUGAUGUUACUUGUGGCAUGUGUCAUUCCAGGAGAGAAACCUGAGGCUGACAGGUCUCAAGAGCUUGGAGGUAAUUUUGUUUUAAUGCAGUAUUGAUUUACAUUAUUAAAUACUAGUAUCUUAGAAACCAAGUUAACUUGUAGGGCAGACUUUGCAAUUCAGAGAUGAAAGGGUCCUAGCUAGGACAGGUGACAUGUUCCACCCAUAAUAAGUGGAAUUUUGUGUUGAAACAUCAAUAUUUCUUUUCAGGUAGCUUUGGCUUUUAAUUUUCCUUCCUGGUGUAGGGAGUAGCCAGCGUUUUUCUUUUUAAAUAAUCUAGUCCCCUAUGCUUCUUCUGCCCAACCUACUACAAUGGUGCAUGGGAGAAACACCAGAAAAAGCUGGGCUGGAGCUGUGCAGAGGGGAAAGUCAGCACCCUGGGGAUGGUCCAUUCCCCCGCCACACCUCACCAACUUUGCUCUUUCUGCACAGCCACUUUUUUUUUCCUCUUUGCAAGCCUGUUACCUGUGAACUGCAGUUCAAAUGUGUAAAAUUAAUGGUGCUUAAAGCACCAGUAAAUCCACUGCACGCUGUGUAAUUCUCCCCACUCUCAGGGAUUGUGAAGCUCCUGAAUGGGCAAGCAGUCAUGGCACUCUGCCUACUGGUCCAGGAGAGCACUGAGGGAGAGUCCCACAUGACUGCCUAGGGAUCUGCGGGGUUGAAAUCCUGCAUAAAUAUGGAUCCUGUGCCACUUCUGCCUUUGCUGGCCCCUCUGCCCCUACUGGAACCCUAUAGAAGAGUGUGUGAGAUGAUUGCUUACCCAUACCACUGUUCACCCUACAUGUCAAAGCAACUAGUUUAUACUGGGAGAUUUCAAAAGUAUGUAUCUUUUUUACAAGAUGACUUUAUUUUCAAUCUCAGAUGUCUAAAAUCCAAACUUUGUAACUCCAGUGACCCACUGAAUUCUCUCUGUAAAAUACAUAUAUAGCCUGUUCCCAAGAUGAAGUCAUUUUUGCCACAUUUCAGCUGAUUUGUUUGUCAUCCUAUCUUUGAGUCCCUGAGUGAACAGGCCAAUGCCAUAAAGUAAAACAUUGCCAAAACUAUUUUCUAUCAGUAUUUUUCACAACUUGUAUUCUUGCUUAGCCAUUUAUCUGCUAUCACACUGCACACGCCUUGACCAAGCACUGCUGACUAAGAACAAAACAUGCUGAACAAACUAGUGCUCACUUUGAACAUCAUAAUUAACUUCUGAAAAGUACAGUAGUCAUUAACUUUGAAGUGUGGACAUGUGCUAGUGGACAAAAGUAAAAUUGUAUGGUUUCAUAUACGCUUUGGCUGUGAUUUCAAACUGACUCCGUUUACAAAAUUGAAAGUCUUUUUUCCAACUCAUUCUGGGGUCUGAAAGAUCAAGACAGAUGCUUUGUCCAAAGGCAGGAAUGUUUUUAUAGAAGACUGAUUGGACUACAGUGGUUGAAAUGGCUUUGAAGGAAUUCACUUUUUAAUCUGCCCGUCCCUUCUGUUGUUGUUGUUAGAAUCAGUCAAAUUCAAAAACCAUUCAGGCUCGGUUUGCCUAGGGUCCAGUGAGCUCUGAUUGAAGUUAAUGAGAAUGGACAGCAUGCAGCACACUGCAGCAUCUGGCCUUUACAUGUAAGGGAAAACUGGCUAAAAGCUUUUUUGAAAUCAUUCUGCUUCACCAACCCUAAAUGGACAGAUAAGUAGCUACUUAAGUUUACAGUGUUUGUCAAAAAUUGUACAAAUAACCUUAGUUUAAAACCACACUGUUCUAGGGUUAGCCUGAGAUGUUUUUAUGUAAAUUGCUCAUAUUUAAAACCUCAUAAUAGAACUGUGAAUAAAACUUGUGGUUUUUGCUUGGCAUCUGUAAUGAGUAAGCUUUUGCCCUGGCCUUGCACAAAUCCAACUUUUUCGAUAGUUUAGUUUUACCUUAAGUGCUUCUGUAUUUGUUCUGAGCUUUCUUGCAAUGAAUAGAUUUCAGUAUAGGUGAUUACUCAACCUUUUCUUCCAUUAUAAAGAAAUGUUGCUGUGAUCAUUGAGAAAGGUAGGUAAGGCUUCAUUUGUUUUAAGGCAAAAGAACUUUUUCUAGUUAGCUUUAAGCUGUAUUUUGUUCCUAGCUCAAAUCUCUGCCCUCUUCCAAGGCAGGCACUGGUCACGCCAGGGAUGAGGGGCAGAUUAGUGGAUGGAUCUCACUUGAAACUCAGCAAGCAUCCAAUUAAUACUGAAUAUCCAGUAAUCUGCUUCAACAAACUCCUGACAAAACUAUUGGGUUUCUCUGUUCAGAUUCUAGAUAUUUUUCUGAAUUGCACUGUUAAUUUAAGAAUUCAGGAGGGAAAUUAAUCAUUUAGAGGGGUAGGCUGUUCCAUUUGUUAAAGGAAGAAUUGACAGUGUUUGAGAAAUCCUGUACUAGAUUGACUUUUUGAAGUUUUUUAUAUUUAUAUCAAUACACACACUUCCUCAGGAUGGACUAGGGUUGCAAGGUUCUUUCAUGCAGCUGUUUCAAGUAGGCAGAAAAGUUUGUUCAGACAAUGUUGAUACAUCUUAACUUGCAUUGCUGGUGAGUGGUGCUGUGACUCAAAACUGGUUACAGUAUUUAGACCUCUUGCUACUUUCAGUGUUAGGGACAAACUUUAACUACAACUCAAUACUGCCGCUGUACCUUGUGUGUUUUCCUGCAUGUUUCCUUCAACUUGACUAAACAGUUAGUCCAUGGCAAAAAAAAAAAAAACCUGUUUGCAUCAAUUAACAUUAGUGAAUUUAAUAUGAAAAUUUUAUAGUAUUUUUACAUUAAUAGUUAUAAGUUUUUACUUACCUGGGGCUUUUUUGGGUUACUUUUAGGUAAAUUUAUUGUACUUUUUACAAAAUAUUUUGUAUCUACUUUUGUAACUUCCAUUCAAUCAAAUAAUAAAGCAUGUGGUAUUCAAA